AUGGGAGGAGGGAGAUCCCAGAGAAAUUGGUAUCUUUCCCGAGGAGCCGGAGGACUGGGGAUUGGAGGAGGGAGGUCCCAGAGAAGUUGGCAUCCCCCUGAGGAGCCAGAGGACUGGGAUUGGAGGAGGGAGGCCCAAGAGAAGUUGGCAUCCCUCCCGAGGAGCCAGAGGACUGGGAUUGGAGGAGGGAGGUCCAAGAGAAGUUGGCAUCCCUCCCGAGGAGCCAGAGGACUGGGGAUUGGAGGAGGGAGGUCCAAGAGAAGUUGGCAUCCCUCCCGAGGAGCCAGAGGACUGGGAUUGGAGGAGGGAGGUCCAAGAGAAGUUGGCAUCCCUCCCGAGGAGCCAGAGGACUGGGGAUUGGAGGAGGGAGGUCCAAGAGAAGUUGGCAUCCCUCCUGAGGAGCCAGAGGACUGGGGAUUGGAGGAGGGAGGUCCAAGAGAAGUUGGCAUCCUCCUGAGGAACCAGAGGACUGGGGAUUGGAGGAGGGAGGUCCAAGAGAAGUUGGCAUCCCUCCUGAGGAACCAGAGGACUGGGGAUUGGAGGAGGGAGGUCCCAGAGAGUUGGAAACUAUCCCAAGGAACCAGAAGACUGGGGAUUGGAGGAGGGAGGUCCCAGAGAGUUGGAAACUAUCCCAAGGACCCGGAGGACUGGGGAUGGGAGGAGGGAGCGAGGUCCCAGAGAACCAGAGGACUGGGAUUGGAGGAGGGAGGUCCAAGAGAAGUUGGCAUCCCUCCGAAGGAGCCAGAGGACUGGGGAUUGGAGGAGGGAGGCCCAAGAGAAGUUGGCAUCCCUCCUGAGGAACCAGAGGACUGGGAUUGGAGGAGGGAGGCCCAAGAGAAGUUGGCAUCCCUCCCGAGGAGCCAGAGGACUGGGGAUUGGAGGAGGGAGGUCCAAGAGAAGUUGGCAUCCCUCCUGAGGAACCAGAGGACUGGGGAUUGGAGGAGGGAGGCCCAAGAGAAGUUGGCAUCCCUCCUGAGGAGCCAGAGGACUGGGAUUGGAGGAGGGAGGUCCAAGAGAAGUUGGCAUCCCUCCGAAGGAGCCAGAGGACUGGGGAUUGGAGGAGGGAGGCCCAAGAGAAGUUGGCAUCCCUCCCGAGGAGCCAGAGGACUGGGAUUGGAGGAGGGAGGUCCAAGAGAAGUUGGCAUCCCUCCGAAGGAGCCAGAGGACUGGGGAUUGGAGGAGGGAGGUCCAAGAGAAGUUGGCAUCCCUCCUGAGGAACCAGAGGACUGGGAUUGGAGGAGGGAGGUCCAAGAGAAGUUGGCAUCCCUCCUGAGGAACCAGAGGACUGGGGAUUGGAGGAGGGAGGCCCAAGAGAAGUUGGCAUCCCUCCGAAGGAGCCAGAGGACUGGGGAUUGGAGGAGGGAGGCCCAAGAGAAGUUGGCAUCCCUCCCGAGGAGCCAGAGGACUGGGAUUGGAGGAGGGAGGUCCAAGAGAAGAGCCAGAGGACUGGGAUUGGAGGAGGGAGGUCCAAGAGAAGUUGGCAUCCCUCCGAAGGAGCCAGAGGACUGGGGAUUGGAGGAGGGAGGCCCAAGAAAAGUUGGCAUCCCUCCGAAGGAGCCAGAGGACUGGGGAUUGGAGGAGGGAGGCCCAAGAGAAGUUGGCAUCCCUCCCGAGGAGCCAGAGGACUGGGGAUUGGAGGAGGGAGGUCCAAGAGAAGUUGGCAUCCCUCCCGAGGAGCCAGAGGACUGGGGAUUGGAGGAGGGAGGUUCCAGAGAGUUGGCAACUAUCCCAAGGAACCAGAAGACUGAUUCCAUCUGA